AUGACAUUCAACAUUCGUGUUGACAUUCUCGAGCAUGAUCCUGAGAAUAACUUUACAAAACGAAUCCAUCGUUUAACUCAAACCAUCGGAAAAUGGCAACCAACCAUUCUCUGUGUACAAGAACCAUUAACUAAUCAAUUCCAACAUUGGCUAUCUUAUCUACCGAGUUAUUAUCGAUCGAUUGGAUCUCCUAAUUCAUCGUCAGACUUCGAUUUUCAAGUAGCAAUCUUAUAUAAUAGUCAAAUUCUAAAACUAUUGGAUCAAGAUUAUCUUUGGUUAUCCAAAACACCUCGAACAGUUGGAAGUAAAGAUUGGAAUAGUCAUGCUGUUCGGACGUUAAACGUUGCACGAUUUCAUCUGAUUUCCGAUGAAUCGAUCAACUUACUUGUGUUUAAUACACAUUUAGAUGCCAAAAGCGAACAAGCUCGACAAGAACAAGCCAAGAUUAUUCGUUCAACGAUCAAUGAAUGGCAAAGAAAAUAUCCAACUGAUGUUGUUCUACUACUCGGAGAUUUCAAUUCUAUUCCACAACAAACAACGUACAAUAUCUUGACCUCAUCGGAGUUUCUCUACGAUACUUGGACGGUUUGCAAAACUCAUUCCUUCACUUGUACAUCCAAUACAUUCUCAUCAACAUUCCAUGGCUGGUUGGGUUCAAUAAUCAAUACCUAUGGUCUACAAUUAUUACAAACACUUGGGUACACAUAUCAUAGUCUAGGUGUUAUUCUACCACAUGGAUUUCCAAGAAAUAUUUCAUCGUUUAUUGAUGUUUUGAAAAAGCUUAUAAGAUAUUCUCGUCAGAUCAAUCUGUCAACAAUGAUUGACACGUGGUCUUCGCAUCGGUUUCAUGUCGAUUGGAUUUUAUAUCAAAAUUCUUUCGAUCGAACGCAGCGCCUACAACCGAAACUUAUCUCGAAUCGAAUAUGGGGUAGUUUUAGUCCACCUUCUUGCACAGAAGCAAAUGUUGCUGCUCAAACACCCAUUCCAGUGUACGAAGCCAUGAUCUGCUUAAAAAACUGUACAAGUUCCACUUAUCCCAGUGGUGGACUCUCGACAGCUAUGACAACAACAGAUUGUCAAACAAAUGUGAUUAUUCAAUCAUGGGCUGGUGAACGAUAUGACACACUGAACUUACCCUUGACGACAUCCAUUAUGAUUGGCUACCAAUCGAGUGCAUGGAUGACGGGUCUUUAUAUUCGUGCUGCAUCCGGUGCUUGGUCAAUUGUCAAUCGACUUAACUUAGGCUUGAGACCUGAUGGUUAUAUCAACACUAGUCCUGUCACAAACACAUUACCUGUUGUAUUCUAUCAAAGAGGGGUGGCUGUUGCUCAUGUCGUGCAAAUGGCUGAUAAUGAUGCCACCGAUAUACUACAAUGUCGAUGGUCUGAUUCGAAUUCUGGAACCAAUUACAAUCGUAUUGAUGAGUGUGGAUGUAUUUGCAGCGGACUACCCGCUGGAACUGUGUUGACUGCCUCCAAUUGCACAUUGUCAUUCACUCUACCAACUGCCAAUAUUUAUUAUGCUUGUGCUCUGCAAAUCGAAGAUUAUUAUAACACUGCUGCUACAAGUCCAAUGAGUUCUGUUCCUAUCCAGUUCUUAUUCUAUGUAUAUGUAACUUCUGGUAGUGCGUGUGCGCAACGUCCUCAGAUCAUCGGAGCUCGUCCGAACAGAGCUUGUAUUGGAGUGCCAUAUGGUGUUCAACUCAAUGAAACUGUCAUUGUUCAGACCUUUUGUCCGGGUCAAACCAUCGUCGAUUUUGUCACCAGUUCACCAUAUGGAAUGACUCAUAGUGCUAUCAGUAAUCCAAGCGCUAACACUUGGGUCAUGACAUUGACAUGGACACCCGUAGUAGGACAAUCUGGUCCACAAGGCUUUUGUGCUGGUGCUCUCGACAAUAGCAGUCUCCAGUCAGACUCGUGGUGUAUCACAUACUUAGUUGAUUAUACAUCACCAGAUCUCAUUCGUCCUAAACUUGUGCAAGGAUCAGCAAGUCCAGUCGGUACUGUCUUUCAGAAUCAGUCCAUGUUUCUCAUACAAGCAACAAGUUUGGUUGGUCGUCCAACUCGUAAUUCAACUAUCAUUCGUUUCAAAGAUGCUGAUACAAAUGCUACUGUUUUAUGGUAUGAUGCUGGCUAUGCACCUAAUAUCAUCUAUACAGGAUAUACUAUUGUCAUUAUUACAAAUUACACAUGGUCACCUGGCAAGUUCUAUUAUAUCACAAUGGACAGUGGUUUUGCUAGUGGAAGUGAAUUUUAUCAUGCUGAAUCGACACCAAUUACUGAUCCUUCAUUUUGGCGAUUCAACAUCUGGAAUCCAGCGGUAUCGAGUACAACCACAACGACUACCACACCCUUCACAACUGCAACAAUGACAACAAAACCAACAUCGACAACAAGUAUCAAUACUCUCGUAAGUUCAGUCAUCUUCUAUUCACACUUAAAGUAUACUUCGAGUGAUUGA